UCACAGUUGCCACAAGUCACAACUCACAACAGCCUUACAUUGGAAACCCAGAAGCCACAAAGCCAGUACCCAAAAGCCAAGUUUCCAAAAGCAAAACUCAGAACUACCAAUUCUAAACCCUCCUUUGAUAUGUCUGGUGUUCUUCUUUGGGUGGUGAAUCCCAAAGAGAAUGCCACCUCUUUGCUUAGUCUGAUGCCCAGAAUUGGUAGCCCAAAGAGGUCCAAAUUCUGCUCCAGGCUGAGUUUCUCACCUGGGAUUUUAGCCUAUUCAGGUGCUGUUGCCCACCCACCAAGGUCUUCAGAAGAGAAGGUCUAUGAAGUGGUGCUCAAGCAAGCUGCUUUGGUGAGAGAACAGAGGAUGCCCAAAGAGAAAGCUUUGGACUUUGAUCAAGGGAUUGAUACUAGUGACUGGGAUUUGCUCAAUGAGGCUUAUGAUAGGUGUGGUGAGGUUUGUGCUGAGUAUGCCAAGACUUUUUACUUGGGCACAUUACUUAUGACACCGGAGCGGAGACGAGCAGUUUGGGCAAUCUAUGUAUGGUGCAGAAGGACCGAUGAGCUAGUUGAUGGACCUAAUGCUUCAUAUAUCACACCAAAAGCUCUUGACAGAUGGGAAAAAAGACUAACUGACCUCUUUGAAGGUCGUCCAUAUGAUAUGUAUGAUGCAGCUCUAUCUGAUACUGUCACCAAGUACCCAGUUGAUAUACAGCCCUUCAAGGACAUGGUAGAAGGAAUGAGGCUAGACUUGAGAAAAUCAAGAUACCAGAACUUUGAUGAGCUUUACCUCUACUGCUACUAUGUUGCUGGAACUGUUGGACUGAUGAGUGUUCCAGUGAUGGGAAUCGCCCCUGAAUCAAAGGCGUCAACAGAGACUGUUUACAACGCUGCAUUGGCUCUUGGAAUUGCUAAUCAGCUCACGAACAUACUUCGAGAUGUUGGAGAAGAUGCUAGGAGAGGAAGAGUCUACCUCCCACAAGAUGAACUUGCUCAGGCUGGACUAUCAGACGACGAUAUCUUUCGGGGGAAAGUGACAGACAAGUGGCAGAGUUUCAUGAAGGGCCAAAUAAAGCGAGCUAGGAUGUUCUUUGAUGAGGCUGAAAAAGGGGUUGCUGAGCUCAACGCAGCAAGUAGGUGGCCAGUAUGGGCUUCUUUGUUGCUAUAUAGGCAGAUUCUGGAUGCCAUUGAAGCAAACGGUUAUGAUAAUUUCACAAAGAGGGCUUAUGUCGGAAAAGCAAAGAAGUUAGUAUCAUUGCCGAUCGCUUAUGGCAGAGCAAUUAUAGGCCCCUCAAAAUUAACUAAGCAGUUGGUGGCGAGAUAAACUUAGAUUUUACUGAUGCCUCAGUUUAUAGCAUAUGUAUACGAUAUUAGAGAAAACUACUAUGGAAUCUCAAGUUUUAUGUGUAAAUUUAGAUUCAUUUGGUCUACACCAAGCAUUUCCAGGGCGCUUAACCAACAAACGCCAGAAUCCACAGAUUGUAAAGCUGUAAUUCAAUUCUAUUCCACAG